AUGAACAACGACAUGGCCGCACGGGAUGCAGCGCUGGCUUAUGAGCCAACAGCUGAUGUCAACAUUGGUGGCAACCACCUCAUGUCGAUACUGUCGGCGCGCAAGUAUCCUGUUCCGACUACCCAAGACGUCCACGCCAAAGAGAAAGAUAACGCUUUCCUCCAAUCCUUGUCAUUCGUAUUCGAUGUCGACCACGCGACUGAGGGCCCUGCCGGCUUGCAUGGGGCUGGUCCAGCCGAGGCGCUCAACUGCUUCCUCGACGGUCAUAACCAGCCCACCACACGUAGACGGCAAGGCCAAUCUACUGCAUCGCCUGCUGGCGAAUCCAAUGCGUCAAAGAAACGAGGCAGCGAUGAUGGGGAUGAUGGGCAAGGUCCAAAGGAGAGGAGGAAGAAACAGAUACGCGAGGCCCAACGAGCCUAUCGGCUGCGCAAAGAAUCCAGAAUCUCCUUCCUCACCAAGAGGGUCUCUGAACUGGAGCAAGUCAUUGAAGACAUGAGCACCACCGUGACCACGUUUAGCGAUUCUCUUCUCCAGUCUGGCGUUCUCGCGCCUCACGCUCAUCUGACUCAAUGUACUCGGGAAACGUUGGAGAAGUGUUUACGUCUAGCCAGAACGACCAACGUGGACGAUGAAGGGGAAGCAAGCUCCAGCCAGCCCGGAAACCGACCAUCCGCCAAGGAGGACCCAAAUCUCGCCAUCGACCUGCCUGGAUCCCCGCGCUACAUGCCCCCUUUACCACCGCAACCCUUAAUGCCGCAGCCUCUGACCCCCCCGAGCAUGGAAGGCUCGGAAACCGUCUUGCACCUGCAGUACUCUGCAUUCAUGGAUCAACUCCACAUGGCGAUUCUAUACCGCGGAUACGUGCGGCUAACCGAUCCCUCCUUUUCCGCCCAAGGUGUUCGACACGCGUUUCGCCUCUUGUAUCCAACCAUGGGCCGCAGCAACCUCACAGCCUACUUUGCCGCCGCUCUGCAUGCCAAGAUUAGCAAAACCGAACUAUCCAAGCAGUGGAAAUCGGUUCCCUUUUUUCAACUCGGCGGUGCUGGAACGCACUAUGCCUGGCCGCCCGAACUAGGUCCCUACACGCGCCGCUCGCGUCAUUGGCAGGCCAUAUCCGUUCCCUUGUCGCACUUCUCGUCCGAUAUACAGAAAGAUCUCAACGGCGACUGGUUCGACAUGCAGGACCUCGAGUGCUUCCUCAUGGAGAAGAAUGUCAAACUUGUUGCUGCUGCUGGGGCCGCGGCUUGGAGUGACUCGACUACACAACAAGAGCAAGCGCAUAUCAAUGCCAAAAAAUUCAUAUCAGUAUUGCUUGACAACGCCGUAUGCCUCGGCAGGUCCGCUGGCUUUCGUCGCUCCGACGUGGAAACGGCCCUAGCCAAGGCCGUUUUGGUCUGA